AGAGUUUGAAUGGCUGCCGGUGGCGUGAAUGAGCGUCCUAAAGGUCCUCUACCUCCAGACCUCCAACACACCAUGUCCCAUCCGUCUGUGUAGAUGUUUUUAAGUCGUUUUCACGUGUCAACCCUGCCAGAACAUUCCCACCCUCACUCUACCACAGGUAAGAGAGAUUAAAUCAGGUGUGUCAUCUCCCACCUUGCAGGUCCUCAAACGCUCUUGUAGCAGAUUUAAAGCGUCUGUAUGUUAGUAUGUUGGCUCCAGUGUUUGUUGAUAAAGGUGUUAAUGGGGACAGGGAGGUGGUGCCUCAUUGUAAUGAGAGGGGGGCAAUGAACUGGAAUGAUUAGAUGUGUGCAAUGCAAUCAAAAUGGGACACAAUUAUUUAUCAGAGGCAGCCAAACAGGGGAGGAGGCAGUUCCAACACACACUCACACAUUCACACACUCACACACUCACACACUCACACACUCACUCAUGGACAUGCGUGUGGAGCAUCAUCCACCCACACAGAUACUCAGUACAAUCAGUUCUUGGUGAUAAAUGCCAGAGUCUCCACCGUCCAAGUUUCACACUGUCUCAACUUGGAUAUUCUGUCUGAGAAAAUAGAGAUCUGAACAUGGACUUCAUCAGGAUUCAGGAAACACGGAUUCAACAGAGGAAGGAUUACAGUUAAGUGAUGAUUUCUUUUUCUUUUUAACUUAUUCAGUGUGUCUUUGCUUUAAAGUGUGCUGUGAAAGAGACAUUUUAUUUCCAAAGAAGUGGAUAUUUUUGGAGUAACUCAUGUUAUUGUGUGUGUGAAUUAUGUAAGAAAUAUUUCAUGGUACUGUUGAGCAUUUACAAGAAGGUGUCACCAUAAAUUUUGAUAUUAUUAUCAGCUUUUUAAUGAUGGAGAUAACCGUGCAUGUUGAAUCAGUAUGAUGCACUAUGCUACUCAUCAAGUGUUGUAUUGUCUCAUAACUUUAAAGUUAUUUUUAAGCAGAGUCCUGAAUCUUUAAUCAGUCAAGAUCAUUUGUUUUAAUCAGCAUCUUGUAAAUGUGAUCAUAAAGUUUCAUAAAUGUGAACUCAGAUAUGAUACUGAUGGCAUUUUGAGACCUUGUCUUUUAGAUGACUUAGUGUUUUUCAACCUUUUUUGAGCCACGGUACAUUUUUCAUCUAAAAAAAUCACGAGGCACACCACCGACCAAAAUUUUACUAAAUGACACUUGGUAGCCCCAAAUACAGUUUAUAUAACAAUAUAGUCUCUCAGUUAAUUCAUACUCACCAAGUGUGAAACCUGGGGCUGUGGAUUACAGACACUUGAGAAUUGCAUAUUAUUUGCAGAUAAUAAGUUCUUUAAAAAAAAAAAUAGACCAAUAAAGUGAAAUUGGAUAAUUUCUCAGGGUACACCUGACUAUCAUGUCAUGGCACACUGGUAUGUAUUUAAUAUUAAAAUGAUCCCGUUUCAACAACCAUGCCUAAUGUUUUUUUACCGUCCUCCUCGGCGCAGAUGAGGCAGCAUGUGUAGAGGAAAUCUGACGAGGUGUGUGGGCCAGUAGCGUGACACAGAGAGGGAGAUGCGGACCAUCCUUCCUGUGUGUGGAGGCGGUGAUGGAGGGGAGUCCCACGGCCUCCGCAGUAAGGUGGGCAGGAUGAAGAGGCUGCUUUGGCUCAAGCCGAGUCACUGCGUCGACGUCCACAUGCACACAGAGUCCAGUGUGUGGCUGACGAGCUUCCAACUACUGGACACUGAUGGACAGAACGAGGUAAGAUGAUCCCACAUACAGGAGGUCGGCCUGUUGUGUUACGAUGUCUUAAAGCUGCUCCUGACGUGCACAGAUCUCACAUUAUCAACAGGUCUUACAUGGAUUCAAUCUAAAUAUUUAACCAAAGGACAAGAAGACUCAUACAGACAACAAACAGCAUGGAGACAUCAGAAAAAACAGACUAACACCAGAUACACAAUAAACACAGUAAAUGCCAGUGAAACAUGAUUUAAAAGUGGUGUGAUAAAAGUUAAGGACAUGAUUAAUUACACCAAAAGCCUAAUAAAAAUGAAUAAAUACUAAAUAAAUACCUCUACAAACUCUGCAGCAGUGCCAAGUCAGACCCUAACACACACUGUUAAUAAACAACAUUAUAAAGAAGUUUAAAAGUCUGUUUACUGUCAACACCGACUUUAUGGUCCAAUCUGAGGAUUUUUAAUGAGACUGAAAACUCUAAGGCACUCCACCAUCGACUAUGAGAUCCGGAUAUAUCAUAACAUAUUGUGAACUUAUCAUGUGAUACUUAUCAUAUCAUAACCAGUUUCUUUAAGUGGGAUUUGACUCUUUAUUCAUCUGAUCUUACUCUUAUAUCUGUAUUAGAUUGAGUUCACAUCACCCACCAAAGUCUGGAAAUAAUAAAUACUUUACUGCUUGGUAAUCUGUCAAUUAUUUUCAGUAUUAACGUUUUAAUGUAGGCUGAUGUGGAAAAACAGGUCUAUGAUAACGUCACAGGGUCCAACAUAUUAUCUUCAUUUCCCUUAUUAUUUCUUUCAGAAUAACAGUCCAGGUCUAAAUAUAUGUCAUCCUGAGUGUUUUCGAAUGAAGUUUCCUCCUCUGAUAUUUAUUAUCCUCUGACGUUAACACCAUCACUUUGUGAAUUAUUAGGGGUAAUUGGACCCCUGCAGUAAACACAGAUAUAUCUGUGAAAGAACAGCAGUCAUAUAUUCCGCACGUGCUGACGUCAGGUUUCUACCUGGGAACUUCUGAGAUAUUUCCGUCUGAUUCUUGAGUCUUGUAGUUGGUAUUUGUUCCACACCAGCAUGCAGAGAAGGAACUGCUUCAGACUCUCCAGGAAGAAUACCAAAACCUGUGACUGUGCUGUCUAUUUCCUGCUGAGAAAAGCCUUUUUUGAUCCCGUAAUCUUUGAUGAAACAACUAUCACCAGCAUGCUACAGAAUCAACUUACUCACAUGCUUUUUACUUGUUGGCUGUCUCCUGCCUCGUCAACCAUUCAUGUGUCUAAUGGGCGCUAAUUGAGGUCCCCACUGGCACUUUCUCUCUGCUCUUUUGUUCAGCCUGAGUGGCUUGGGUAAACACGAAGCUUGAUUCUCAGUCAAGAGAGAGCCAGAGACUCAUUACAGGAACAAAACGCUCAUUAUUUCUUUUUCUGAGCUAAAAUAGCUGUGGACAGCUGACGGAAGAUGUCCCGUGUGCUCAGCUUGUCCAUGGUACCACAAUAUGCAGCUUCUACAGCAGCACUAGAAGUUUAUUAACAUCUUUCACUUCAGCUUUAUUUUAGUCACACAGCUUGAGUUAUUUCAGGGAGCAGAACAGACCUGCUUUACGUGGUUUGUCAACCACGCCUCUGUCCCUGUCCACAGGAACAUCAGCUAGAAGCAGUCAAGAAAAACCAGAUUCCUGACAAGAUUCUUUAGUCGCAUGGCACCGAAGUGCAGCGUUCACAGCGUGUUCAUUUUCACACUCCUGUAAGAUAGAGUCUCUUUGUUUCAUCUUGCAUCUUGUUCCGGUAAAAUAAACAAAGAUUUCCUGAUAUAAUCUGGACAGUCUUUGAUUCACACAAUGAGGGAACUUGAUUUUUGAUGUCCAGAGUUUUGCCACUAGAGGUCACCGUCUCUGUUGUUCAUCUCUGGGAGAACAAAGUUUAGAUAAACUACUUCCACAUAGAUAACUCUGCCUGUCUGACUCCUCUAUCAUAUUACAAACUGUUACUGUCACCACACUGUUUUGGCACAUCCUGUAAAGCUCUCCUAUCAAGUUAUUUUUGUAAUUUGAACAUUUACAGUCCAAGCAAGGGGAAAAAGCUCUACUUUGAAUCACCACCUUUAGUUUUUAAGCUUGUGACAUGGUGAGCUGAGUUGAGGACCUGUGCACCUCAGCACUAUAUACAUAUUGCACUGUGAGCACUACUGCAUUUAUUGCACUUUUUAUACUGGUUUUAUACUGGUUUUACUCUACUUGGCUGGUCUGCAGAGGUGCACUUGUUGUUGUCUAUGUUAGUGUGCUGUGUAUGAGUCUGUGAGUGGCGUGACCCCUGAAUUUCCCAAAUGGGAUUAAUAAAGUAUUUAUCUAUCUAUCUGGACUGAUUACAAUUCAUGCACCAUUUACCUAGUUAUACCCCAUAUUAGGUCAACUCUUUUACACUUUAAUUUAAUUUAUUUUAACCUUAAUUUAUAGAAUACAGCAUUGCUAGUUAGUAACUCUCUUAGUAAGUCUCUGUGAGUAAAUGUCAGAUACUAACUUUGCAUUAGGAAGGGUUUGAACAACUUUUAUUUACUGCUUUAUGAAUUUUGCAACUAAAUAUAAGGGACUUAUCAGAGGCAGCUUACACUGCUUUAGUAAAACAGUAGGCCCUUCAUAAUAAACAGAUGACCUAUAUCUCAUAUGAAGCACAGAUGUUUCUUUCACAGCCUUCAGUGUCAACAAACUUCACAGUGAAUAAGAUAAAUUGAUGGUCUUCCAGAUCUCCUUUUAAUUAGUUCAGUUUUCUUCAUGUAACACUUCUGGGAGCUUAAUUUUGAUUGCAAAGUACUGCAAAUUUCUACAUAGCCUCAUAUAUAAAAUCUGUAUAAUUGUACCUAUACCCUCUUCCUCAUUGGUGGAUUGCUUAAGCCCCGCCCCUGAUACUUAAAGUAGCCCCGCCCACUGAUAUGCCCUGACAGUCCGUGUGAAACUUGUUCAGUCACUGUCGCUGUUCGACCUCAAUGACUGGAUACAACUUCUCUUUUCGUCUUUGCUUUGACAAAAAUGGAAAAGUCUCACACAUUUCAGACUAAAGGUCUUCCAAUAGCGGAGUUUAAGUCCUUACAUUGUACCUGCACUCAGGACCAAUUACCUUAAGGGACAGGAAGCUUUUAUAAAUCAAACUUCUUUUCUGCAAACAUGAGAAAAUGUCACUUAUCGAUGGUAAGUUAAAUUAUGUGUUCUUGUUUUGUUUUUGUUUUUUUCAGGAUAAAUUCCAACUUGAAAUAUGAAGAAAUCAAGUGUGAGGUGUUCCCUUUUGGGUCAAACGUUGUAUUUGUUUUUUUCUGCUCUAGUUUUACCUGUUAAAAAAAUAAACUCAGGUUGACUUUCAUCACCUGGAUCAGCUCACAAUAUAAAAUGAUUUAUGAACAUCCAGUGUUUGGUUCUUAUCUGAGUUUCUGUUAUAUUAUUAGCCUAUUCAGUGUGUACAGAUGGCCUCUUGCUUCUAUUGUUGAGACAAUAUAGUGAUUACAUAAAGCUGUACAAGAGAGUUAGGUCACUGAGGCUCAUUCCAGGGCGAUGACUACCUUUUUGUCAAGGUAAUGGUCUGUAAAAUGUUUUUUAUCCUGCCCUUACGCCUGAAAUCUCUCAAUCUAGGUUCACCUUUAUAUAAAAUAACUACAGGUGGUUCCAUUUUUAAAGCUUAGACUUGAUUAUAUUAUGUUUAAAAAGUCUGAUAUGAUUAAAAAAAGGUAUUUUGUCUGCAUUUGUUUUCGGUUCCUUGAAAAAUCUCUGCAGUCUACUUAAAGAAAUGGUCAAAUAAAACCCUCCCUCAUUUCCCAUUUGUAGGGUAACAUGUUUAAAAGCAAACCAUGAGGGGACAUAUUGUAGUUUUUUAUACUGAGCGUGUAAAAGGAUGAUGUUGCGAGUUAGAUGAAGCUGUAAAACUGUGUCAUGGCUCAACACUCGGCUCCUCUGUUUGUGGACAUAAACAAAUCGCCUGUGAAUGCCUCUAUGUCAGCUCAUUAGGUUAGUCACCGGGAGUCUGUGGCGUCAGAGAGAAAGGCUGGGCCACGCUAGAAUCUUAAGAAUGAGGCUGAUUGACGUAUAGUUUAAAUCUGUGGAGCAUCUGUAUGUAUGUCACAAUGUGGAGUUGAGGAACAGCAGUCAGAAGAGACUCUUUAUUUGUAUAUGCUUCUCUAAGCUCAGUUUUGUAGUGGAGCAGAUUGUAUUGUUCACCACAUUCUGAUGAUCUUGCUUUCUCACCUGCAGGACCCAGUGCAAGAGUGGGGAGAGGAGGAGGAGAACGGGGCCGUGUUUGGUAUAACGCUACGUAGAGAGCCCACCCAGCCGAAUUCAGACGCAGCAGAUCACCCGGCCAUGUUCACCUUCGUCCAGUACCACACGGUUAAGGUUCGAAGGCUGAAGGCUGGCACCCUGGAGCGUCUUGUCACACACCUGCUGACUCCAGAGCCACAGGAGCCCGACUUCACCCGCAUCUUCCUCUCCACUUACAAGGCCUUCACAUCCACCAGCACUCUGAUCGAGCUGCUGUUUCAGAGGUGAGGGACUCGCACCACACUGAGACUCUUCAGGCUUUUGUUAGUGACUAUGUUCAAGUGUUUAAAAACAUGCUCGGUCAGCAGAUCUGGACAACAACAAAUGAUAUAACUUUAGCUGUUUGACUCAUUUCUGCGCAGCAUAGCAGCUGUUAUGGAUCAUGUUUGGGACAGUGCUUACUUCCCCUUUGCUCUCAUGUAAAAAAAGUGAUGUCUAUCCAACAUAAAAUUCAAGCAGAGAGAAAACAGAAAUUUCUGCGACUCUAUAUUUUUAAUAUUUGUUCAACUUUUAUGGAAAUAAAAGUUUCAAAAACUCAUUUAGGUUAUAUUUUAUCACUUGGUUAAUAUAGGGGGGACUGGGGUAAGUUGAGCCACCCCCUGUUGCUCUGAAAUGGUCAAAGAAAUUGAUCAUUUGACCAAAUAUGUAGGAGAUGGGUAUCAAUUCAUGGAGUCUGUGAAGGUUAGAAGCACAUUUUUCACUCUUGAAAGUGAAUUUAGUCUGUCAUAAGUUUUAUCAGAAUUGUGUCCAGACCAAAAAAGAUCAUUUUAAAUUUGUUUUAGACAUCAAUUGUGAUAUCUAUGAGCUACAACAUGAGGUCAAAAACCUAGUAUAAAAGUCCACCAUUUUAGCUUUGAGGACUAAUAAAGUCAUCAUAGUAGUUCUGGGGUAAGUUGAGCCCUGUGAUCUUGAUCACAAAGGAUCAGAGUUUCAGUUCAGAUUGUUGAAAUGUGUGACUUUUUCUUUUUAAAGAUACAGCUGUGAAUGUUCUGAAUCACUUAAAGACAUUCUCGUGUUUUCUCAUGUUAUAUGCAAUGAUAAUUAAAACAAUUCUUGUACCUGUUGAAUAGUGCAUAAUAUAUAAACACUCAUUACACUCAUUCUGUUGGUUUGCAGGGAUGCACAACAUCCUCAAAUCUGUGCAGACACACUAGUUAGAGACAAAAUUAUGAUUGACUUGAUGUAGUGAUCCGAAAUAUGAAAAAUGGCUCAUCUUACCCCACUCUCCCCUAUCAUGUUAAUUAGUGAUUUUAUGAAUUGAAAUCCGAACCAGGUUAGCUCUUCUCAUUUGUUUCCAGCAUAUAUGUCAAGUUUGGGUCACUUGCUGAUGGCUUUAUCUCCAUCUAGUUAUGCAUACAGAAUGAUCUUUCUCGGCUAAAUCUUAAACUUGACAGUAAAAAGUUCUCAAUAGUUUUAAAAUACUUCCAAAAUCGGUCUUUUCUUAGUCCCUUAAGUAUUCACAAAGCAGUUUACUGGUUUCUAUGACAAGUAUUAUCGUCAUGCAGUAAACAAAGCAGCCUGCAGCUUUGUUCCAUUCCUGAGUGGUCAUGACUACACCCUCCACACCCAGCACAGGUGCUUCUCCACCUAAUUAUGUUUUUGUUUAAUAGCCUUUGGACACAGAAAGUCUGGUUGGUUUUUAAUGCUCUACUAACUCUGUUGAGAGUAUAGGUUACUAAAGCUCAGAUCCAGCUGGUCCCACCACCUUCAUCUCCUCUGGGUCCCUAUAGCUCACCUUUUCCAACGUGGCCAUUAGUACGGUCCACUUGAUAUAUUAUUCGUCAAACAGUCACCCUCAUAUCUGUGAUGCUGGUGACAACAGGUUUCCUGUGAGCUGUCUGUCAGGUCAUCCUGAGAACGGACAGAGACUUCUGUUUCCUCUUCUUUGCCUCACAGGAUCUCGUUCAGGAUGUAACAUUUGUUGCCGUCAUUAGCCUAUAAACCUGCUGUGCCGCCUCUUUAUAGGGGCUCUAUAAAGAAGAGUUUAUCUGUCUUAUUGACUGGUCUUUGAAUUUGACAGUUAAAUAGUACAAAAUAAUAAUACAGUUUCCAUUGUUUUAAACCUUGAGACUUGAAACAUGAUAGAAAAUUGUGCUGUAAGAAAACACUGACCACACUUUGACUAGUUUUCCAUCUACUUUGGUUUGGAGGGUUUCUGCAGAAACUCAGAGUGAUACUGGCAGAAGUGAUAGAGGGCAAUUGAUGUUUACAAGUUGAUUUCGUCAUCAGUGGCUCACUGUAAUAAUUUAUGACAUUAACUUUACUGAUAUGUACAGUGGCCCUGAGGUGCAAAACACAAAGGCAAAUCAGAAAACAUAACACAAAAAGAGAAAACACAAUGGUUAAUGUUGUGUUUCCUAUUUAUUUUCUCUUUUUGUCGUUGUGUUCUCUCCUUUUGUGUUGUGUUCUUUGAUUUGCUGUUGUGUUUUGCACCUCAGGGCCACCGUAAAUAUGUGUCUAUGAGCUAAAAGUGACUCCUGUUUACUUAUUUCACAGAGACGACGCUAUAGCUAACCUGGAUAACACUGUCUGUAUACGCAGGUGAGUGUUUUAUUUUCUUUUUACAAUCUACUCUCACUCACAAAUGAUUAAAUUUAAACUGAAAAUUGUUAUAAGUUAUUCCAAGUUUGUCCAAGUUUCUCAAUCUAGCAUUCAUUUGGGCGAAUAAAUCCUUAUAACUAUGAUUAAAGUCCCACUCUGAUUACUUUUUUUUUUACUACUUAAAGUGUUCUCAGUUGUCUUUAAGUUGCGAUUAUGUUUUAAGUUUUUAGCCAAAAGCAUGUUACCUGUGUCAUUUUCAAGAGCCUUUCUUCUGCAGAGCUCCAGUAGCUCAUUAGCGAUUCACCUCUAAGUCGUGGGCAGAGACAGCGCUGCUCUGCACACUCCUCUUUGCGUUAGCUUGUAGCCUAACAUUGCCAGUGUAGUAGAAGUAGCAGGUAACAUAGGAGCUACUCAUCCCCAUUAAUUAGCUUUCUUACAAGCAUUACAAUCCGCUAACGCACAUGCUUGUUCUGCAAUUGCACUCUUUAUUUUCAUCUGGCCUGCAUAGCGAGGCUCCAGGGGUGGAGCUUGGAUUUGUGACAUAGGAAAUCUCAUUGUAUCUGAGCCUGCCAUUUGGGUCUGUCAUAGAUUCACAGUGAUUUGAAUACAGAAAUACUCAGAUAUGCACUUUUGCACUUAUUUUAAUCAUGAUAUGUCCUUUAGCAUCAGAAAAAUGUCAUAUGAACAUGUAGACAACAUGAAAAACAUGAUUUUCAUCAGAGUGGGUCUUAAAGGCUUAAUAAUGUCUCUUCUCUUCCCUUAGCACCUUACCCCCAGUGAUCCGUCUGUGGCUGGAGGAGUACAGUGAAGACUUUCACGAGCCCCCGCAGUACCAGGAUCUCAGGCUGUUGUGUGCACACUUGCGUAGGCGUCUCUGUUUUCGGCGUUUAGCUCACACGGCCGAGGCGCUCCUCAAGAGGCUCCAGGAGCAAGGUAUAAAGCAAUCAGCGACAUGAUCGUUUAGCAUUUGUUUCUACCUGCCAACUUGACGCAUGAAAAACCGACCACUCAUGCUCAAUCCUCGAAUCCUGAGAGAUCCUUUUGUCAUUUGUGAUUUGGUGUGUUUGACAGAUUGCAGCCAGUCUGCAUUAGUGAACCACAGCGAAUCGUUGCAACAAGAGCACAGUGAACUGGAGGACAGAGGUGAGACAUCCACGAGGGACGAAGACAGAAACAACUUUAUGCUCUUCCCAGUGAGAGAGGUGGCGGAGCAGCUGACCAGAUUGGAUGCAGUAGGUUUCAUUGUUUUCCGAGCUCAUUUUAUUCAGUGUCACUUGUUGACAAUAACUCACCCUGUCAUCCUCUCCACUUUAGGAUCUAUUCGUCAGGGUGGUUCCGUUUGACUGUCUAGGCUGUGUCUGGUCCCAGCGCGAUAAAAAAGAAAACCGAAGCAUCGCGCCCACCGUCCGCGCCACUAUCUCUCAGUUCAACGCCGUCACCAACCGUGUCAUUACCUCGCUCCUCUGCCCAUCCUCUCCCAGACCUUCCACUUCCUCACCUGCUUCAUCACCCGGCUCCUCCUCCCCUCUCCUGUACCGUUCCCCUCUUGCGCCAAGCUCCCCUCGCUGUCCUCACACCAGCCCCUCCUACAGAGCACACAUCAUCGAGCGGUGGAUCGCCAUCGCUCAGGUCAGGAUUAGGAAUAGUUUGAAUCUCAUUCUCAUUAAAAUACCAUAAAUGAACACAGAUUAAGUUUGUUUCUUCUCUUUUGCAGGAGUGUAGACAGCUCAAAAACUUCUCCUCUUUGAGGGCCAUCCUUUCAGCCCUUCAAUCCAACGCUGUUUAUCGCCUCAAGAAGACCUGGGCUGCUGUCUGCAGGUCAGCAAUGCACCUAAAAAAACAAAAACAAGACUUCAUCCACGUUAAAGUUUUACUUAUUUUUUAUUUAAGAUACAAAACAUAACUCCAGACUUUUUAUUUACCUCUUUUAUCGUUCAACUCUGCAUGAAAAAUUCUGUCUUGAUUUCAGGGAGAGCAUGGCCACUUUUGACCACCUGUGUGAGACGUUCCUCGAUGAGAACUGUGCGUUUACCAGCAAAGAGGACCUGAUGGAGGUGACUACUUUUAUUUUUUACAUGAACACAUAUGGGACAGUUUGUUCUUCUUAAUUAAUGAGGGAAAUAUCUGUGGUGGCGUUAUUGUUGUCAGCUGUUUCCCGGGGCGUGGGUGGAGGUGUGAAGGUGUAACUUCACAGGCGUGUUCACUUGAAAACAAAAGGAAUCUCUGAACAGACCAGUAAAUUUAACCACAGCAAAGAAUUGAAAUGUUACUGCAGCACGACAGCUUUUAGACUUAAGGCCUUGUCCACACAGAGACAAAAACAAUUUACUGUCAUUUUGUUUUUCUUAAAGACGGCGUUCUUUCAGGAAAUAUCCACGUAAACACAAAAACAACUGAAAGCGACGUAGUGCCACAGUGGUGUCAGAUGGUAAAUAUAAAACUAUCGUACCAGAGACCCAAAAUUAUCAUAUUUUGGUAUUAUCGUACACCUGUCAUAAUCAAAAUAACAAUCUUACUGUUGCAUGAUCGUCCGAUAUAUAGUCACUCGGUUUACCGUCCUAUAGGCGCUCAUGAUUUUGUGGCUACAGUUUUGUGAUCAUUCACCGCCCCACCCCACAUCUUUUCGGCCUCCAUUCAUCCUCGUCCUCUUCAGCGGUGCUCAUUUUUCUUAACUGACUUCCCAGCCAAUCGUACUCGUUGUUCAGAAACAAAUGCCACUCAAACAACAACUGGAUGGAAACAUGGUAAAAGAUGCCCUUAGGGUUCUCAUGCACCAAAAGACAGAUGAAGAGUACUAAGCAUGUGUAUAAAAGCUGUUUUUCUUUGGCCCGACUUGCGCAGGCACUGUAAGAAAGUUGCCCCCGAUUUCCACCACAUCCGGAACGGCUGCAAAAAGACUGUAUCUGCCAAUCGCAGCUGAUUGUUUCCAUUCAAGUUAAGGUGUCAAUUUCCACCGGCUUAUUUCUGUUCCGCUGCGAAUCAGUGGACUCUGCGGCCGAUCACCAGAGUUCUAUUUUUUCUGUUACGCUGUGUGUAACGUAAAAGUUUUAAGAAAUACAUGGAUAGGCAUCCACACAGAGACGAAAUGGUAGUCUUAUACGGAUGUAUCCAACCUGAGACCCAUUUUCUAAAAGUAUCUUUUACAGUCACGUGUGGAUGAAACACUGAUUUCGCCCCCACGUAGUCAUGUCCUCUUUUUGGGAAGUCAGAAAAUGGUCACCCUUUUAUAUGAAGAUCAUCACAGUAACACUGUAAAAUGACUGUAUUUUGGUUUACAAAGUUUGUAUAUUAGGAUUUCUUUUUCUUUCAACAAAAAGAAAAUGUAGAAUAAAAAAAAAGUGGAAAAAAAAAUAUCGGUACAGAAAAGAAUUAAAAAUAGUUUAUGUGUUAAUGUGUCUUUACUUGCGUUUAUUAAAUAUAUGCCUUAAAAAAGCAAAAUCAUUGACUGUGAAGUGUGAUAACUGCAUGUCGGUCCAUCAGUAUGAAUCUCAACAUUUAUUUCACAGCCCCUUGAAAAAUUCCUGACUCAUGUCAAAGUGGACUUUCAUGGGGGUUUUCCAGUAUCUGUUUUCCUAUAAAUGAUAUUAUCUCAUGUCUUUAUCAGACUGAAUGCACAUAUUUCACAAUCAAGUCUUUGUCUUUUGUUCCAGGUAGAAUAAAACUGAUACCAUUGUGUAUUCAGUGAUAGUACUUGUUAUGAGCGGCCCUGUUCCUAUUACAUAAUGAGAGAGCCUUGUUCACCACCAAUGCAAAUGAAAAGCUGCCCGUGGGACCGGCGCUUAUCAAAACUUAUUGCAUUAAUUAGACACUUAUUAGUGCUCUCCUUGUAAACACGCAUAAACUCUGCACACCUGAGGUCAUUAACGACACAGAGGGCUGAAAGCAUGCGGCUGUCUUUGUUACAAACUGUGCUCUGCAGAGGCUCCCUCCCACACCCACUAACACUCUGUCAGAUGGUGCUCAACCGUGAAGAGAACAGUUAUAUAAGAAGCUUUUUUGUCAUAUUAACACUCUGAAUAUAAGCCAUUUGAACUCCAUUAAAGAUGACCAGAAUAUAAUGCCUGUUUCUCUGCAGGAUGGGACUCAUUCAGAUGGCAGUGCCACCCCAGGCUCCAAAUCAAGCCAGCUCUGCUCGGUAUCCAGACACACAGUAAGAAAACAAACAACCCUUGAUAAAUAAAGAGUCAGUCAGGAAAAAAUGAAAGGCAGUUUUUUCUUUGCUUGGAUCAUCAAUUCAACUUCCCUAAAGUCACAUGUUUUUCAGAUGUUUAAAGUUCCUAUUAUCGACGCCACACUCCCACUUCCCAUUUCUUCUUCAAUCUGUUCGUUUGACGGAAACGGUGAUACACGCGUCUGUUAGAUUUUCCCCUGACAUUUGGAGGAUUAUAAAAUUGACAUCUGACCAAAGUUCUCACUGUGAGGAAGUUUACUUAGCCCAGGCUGGGCUGUGUUGAGUGUUUUAUACGUUUAUACCCCCUUUUUACUCUCUCUUUACUUUGUUUAGUCAGUGAUAGCACUGUGUUGUGUUUUUAGUUGUUUGUGUAUAGAAUAGAAUAGAGUAGAAUAUUCCUUUAUUGAUUUUUUUGUCACAGCAGCAUCACAGACAAAGAGUGGAAAAAUGCAGUUAUAAAUUUAAAAAUGCUAAUAUUAAGAACUUAAAUAAAUGUAAUAAUUAAGAAAAAAUUUAGAAAAAGGAAAAAGGGAGAAGAAAAAUAAAACUAUCUACAAUAUACACAAUUUAUAUGCCAGAAAAAAAAUCCAGUUAUUAAUACAGUUCGUUGUAGAGUCUUAUUGCAGAGGGGAGGAAUGAUCUGUGGUAGCGCUCCGUCUUACAAGGUGGGAGUCUCAGUCUGCUGCUGAAGGAGCUGCUUAAAGCCCCCACAGUCUGGAGCAGUGGGUGAGAGGGAUUGUCCAUGAUGGAUACAAGCUUUGUUAACAUCCUCCUCUCACCCACCUCCUCCAGGGAGUCCAAAGAACAGUCCAGGACAGAACUGGCCCUCCUGACCAGUCUAUUCAGUCUCUUCCUGUCCCUCUCUGCAGAUGCUUCCUACCACAGAGUCAUAGAAAGUCCUGAGCAGACAGUAUAUUUCUUUUGCAGUUCCAGUCCAGCUAUCCAUGGCGUUACAUCGCCUUAGCUCUUUUCUUUUCAAUCACUUUUUCUUUAUUUAUGAAAAAAUAUAAAUAAAUGUGUCUUUUAGCAAACCUCUGAAGGUGUAUCUUGAUCUGUGUCCUCAGAACUUCAGCAGCGGUGUUGUUCCAUACCUUGGCACUUACUUAACCGUCCUCACCAUGCUUGACACGGCGCUGUCCGACACUGUGGAUGUGAGUACAAGUCGAGCGCCAGUUUCUUUUCUCUAUUUUAUAAUGAUUAACUAAAGUAACGUCGCCGUGUUUGUAACACCGGUUUGUUUUGUUGCUUUCGUCAGGGUGGACUCAUCAACUUUGAGAAGCGUAGACGGGUAGGUGUCGCCUCCUAGUGGUGUCUCGUAUAACUGACUGUUCGUUCAUGUUUCAUCAUUUCCUCUCGUCUCCGAUGCAUUUAUUACAAUUAUUGUAUUUUCUUGCAGGAGUUUGAGAUUCUCUCUCAGAUCAGGCAGUUUCAGGCCUCCUGUUCCCACUACAAGCUCCCAGUCAACACUCACAUCACCACCUGGCUGCAGGCGCACACGCUGCUCACAGACCAAGAAAGGUGAGACGCAGUGGCGACACUGAAAAGAGUAUAAAUGAGGCAGCAGAUGACUUUUGCAGACCCGGUAAUAUAUAUUUUUUUGUUCCCUGAAGUUACGAGGUGUCCCGAGACCUGGAGCCUCCAGUUGACCCGUGUCCCAACUCCCCCAGCUUAUGGAGCAGCCGUCUUCUCACCAAGAAACUCACCUCGUAAGUUCUUGAAAACCAUCUCCAACCUUUCAGAUAUUUUAAUGUUUUUUGUUUCUUAUUUUUAAAAGCCUAAACUGUCUUUGUGUGCAGGUUACGUACAGCCAGUGACUGCCCUCGCAGGAAGACCCACUCUGACCAGAUCAGCGUGUCGUCCUCCGGCUCCAGCAGUUCAGACAUGGAAGACCUCCCCGUCCCGCUGUCCUCCCCCCUCAGACUCAAACUCAAGGUAUGAUACCUCAACUGAUUAAAAACAUGAAACAACUAAAAACAGAUUUACGUAUAUUUGAACGUAUUUUCUCUUCCUCCUCAUCUUCCUCAGUCUUUCUCCGGCUCUCUACACAACGUCGCAGAAGACUUUUCCUGCAGCUCCAUGUCCUCCUCUCCCAGCCUCUCCAGCUCCUCUUGCAGCUCCUCGCAACCAGACCUCAGCUCUUCAUCUCUGGUUCUGAACCACGAGUCGUCAUCGUCCAGCUGCUCUCCUCCUUUGCAGCCUGUUUACAAUAAGCAGGUCGCAGAUUCUUGUAUCAUCAGGGUCAGCGUGGAGUGUGUCAUCAAUGGAAACGUCUACAAGAGCAUACUGGUAAGGACAAAAAAUAAGACAAUGAAUCGAAGUUUUGAUUUAUGUCCACGGUUUUUGUGCUACUUUCCCUGCGGAUUUAUUCACAAUUUGACAUUUUUGUGUGUGGGGUUUUCCUCCAGUUGACGAGUCAGGACCACACGCCUCAGGUGAUUCAGAGGGCUCUUGAAAAACACAACAUGGAGGGCGUUAGCUGCCGUGACUUCAGCCUCUCCCAGAUACUCAACAGUUCGAAGGGUGAGUAUUUUCUCCUUUUGCUUCCUGGUUCCGGGUCUAACCUGCUGUGACAAGGAGUGACGAAAAAAUGUCCUGCUUUUUCUGAUCAGUGUUUUUUUUACAAGCCGGAUACAAGACAACUGCAGUCCAUGCAAGACACUGAAGUUGCAUGCGAUUUUGCGUGCUUAUUUUGAGUUUCUUAAAGGGAUAUUCGGCAUAAACUUAAGUUAUGGUCAAACACACCGUAACACAGAGAGAGAUGAAUGUCGAUGACUGCUUGCUUCUUUAGUUCUGACAAUUUCAGCAACUCACCCACUCUCCUCCAGCAGCCACUUGUUUGUUGGGGAGCCCUGACGAGUUGAUCACCGAGUGCAGCGGAUCAUUUCCAUGAAGUAAUAAUCAUCAUAAUGAUCAUUUUGCACUGCAGACGCGGCGGUUCUUCCACCUUAGCGUCUCAGUCUGAUUGUAUUUCCAUGAAGUAAUGAUCAUAAAUGUUCUUCCUUGAGCUGCGAAACUCCGCUGCACUCGGUGAUCGACUCGUCAGGGCUCCCCCACAAACAAGGGGCAGCUGGAGGAGAGUGAGGGAGUAGUUGGCAACACUCAUCUCUUGAGGGGGUGUCUAACUCAGUGUUACGGUGUGUUUGACCAUAACUUAAAGGGAUAUUCUGGCGUAAAAUUAAGUUGUAAGCGUAGCAGAUUUAGACUCUGGUUAAAUCUCUAUAACUUUGAGCCUCAUGCAGUCCUCUUUUAUUCACAUUUAUUAUAAUCCAAAUAAAAAAAUGAAUAUGAAGAUAUAUUGCUAUCUACUAUUUAAAUAUGAUGUGUAACUCAGGCUCUGUUCUCUUUUUUAGUCUUAAGUCUGACAGAAAUUACAUUUCUUUAUUUGUCGUAGAGCUCCAGAUCCCUGACAACGCCAACGUCUAUUAUGCAAUGUGCACCUCUGCAAACUACGACUUCAUGUUACGACCACGCUGGAGGAGACACCUGGGCUCCCUCUCCAGCCCUGGAGCUCCACGCAGGAACCGUCACGCCAAGUGAAAGGCAGAAAAGACAGAGGAGGUACUCAUCCUCAACAACGGCUCAAGAGGAGACGUCUCCACCAGAUUAUCAGUGAGCAGUACACUGUGGUACCUGGUGUCCAUGUUGGAAAUCGAGGAGAUCUCAAUAAGAAUUUAGUCUGAUCUGGACUGAACGUAGAAACUAUUCCAACAUGAGGAUGGAAGCAAAGGUGGACUCGGGAUUUAGUUUUCCCUCUCGGUUCAGUUCAUCCUGAGACCUGACGUACACACACGUAACAUGGAAAAAAUGAGCGUUACAUGAUGGACUAACAAAAGCACUGCACGUCUUUUCUGCUGCUCAACAGGGAAGAUGGAGACACAAAUGUGAAGGACAGGCUUCAGCUGCAGAGCUUUGGUUUGUGGUCUGAGACUGGUUACAGCAGGCGUAGGACUUUCUUUCGGAUGACUAAGAGCCUCUCUAACCACACAAAGCCGGUGAAUAAGCAGGGAUGUUUACUGUUCGAUCAUGAGUAAGCGUUCUCAAAUGGAUUUGGGUCAGUGUGAAAUCAGUGGGUUGAGCACGAGAAGUGUGACUCCAAGCCUGUUAGCCUGCUGUGACAUUUUAUCAGUCCGUUAGAGGAGCUCUAGCUAAAGAUUUAAAUGUUUUAAUUUAAUUUUAAGUCAUUUUAAGUUAUAAUUGCACUUCAGUAUUCAGCCUCUAGAGCUUAUAAACUGUAUAUAUAUAUAUAUGUAUGUGUGUUUGUUUUGUUUCUGUCUUCAGUCUUAAAGGCUUAAAUAUUUUUGGAUAAAAAUAUGUUUAAAUGUCUUUGGUAUCCAAUAAGCAUAAAUGAAGGACGCUGACUUUUUACUGUCGGCUGUUUUUAAUGAAGGAAUCAUCGUAUUUGAGCAAAGUGUGCACAUGAUAUAAAUGUUAAUACCCAGGGGGUUUUGUUGCUUCUAUAAUGGACUGUGGCAUUAGAGUGGGGGGUACUGGUGUCUGUGUUUUUUCACCUUGCUGGUGGAAACAGGUGAGGCUGCAGUUUUUAUAUCCAGGCUAACUCAAGAUCGGUCUGUAGCUGUUUCCACUUCAGUAAGACUGUGAAAGAGGUCGUUCUGGAAACUGGUGUCUGUAUGUGAAAAUGAAGCGUAACGGUAUGUCGAUUUUUUUAAGAUCAGCUCAGAGAUGCAGAGCCUUCCUCAAAACACUCUCAUAAAAAGAGAAAACAUGUCAGAACUUCAUAAAUUCUUCUUUAUUUGGUCGAUGUACACAGACGGAGUCAAAGCGCGAUUAAAAAUGAACAAAAAUAGUUUUUAAAAAAGUCAUUACACACUCUUGAAGAGGCCUUUGCAAGGUUUUGCCUCUCUUGAAUAAUGCUUUGGUGUUUUUAGCAUCAGGUUACAGGUUGGUAACAAAGGUGUGGCAGCUGCAAAAUUCAGUAUGAAGGAGUUUCUGUAUGGUUUCUGUCAGCCGGAUUUCAAGUGUUUGCUUCGUUUUCUCUUUCAUAAUAUAAGUUAAAUUAUAAACACCACAUGUAUUUGGUUGUAAUAAUGUAUUUCCACAGAUUCAUGAUAUUUUAAAGUGAAAUCUAAGCACUUACUGUCGAUGAUAAGUAUUAAUAAAGCCAAUUUAAUGUUUA